AGUAGUAGCCAUGGCGGCCAUGAGCUUAGUGCAGCGGGCUUCGGUCUCUGCAGUAGCCGCUCUGUCCGGUCGCCGCCUUGGCCCUCGACUUGGAUUCGGGGGCUUCCUCACCCGUUACUUUCCGAAAACUGUCGCUCCUGUGCGACACAGUGGAGACCAUGGGAAAAGGCUAUUUAUCAUCAAGCCUUCUGGAUUCUAUGACAGACGUUUUUUGAAAUUAAUGAGAUUCUACAUUUUGUUGACUGGAAUUCCAGUAGCAAUUGGCAUAACUCUGGUGAAUGUAUUCAUUGGUGAAGCUGAGUUAGCAGAAAUUCCAGAAGGCUAUAUCCCAGAACACUGGGAAUAUUUCAAGGCUAAAGGAGUUGGAAGUACGAGGUUUAAUGCGUGCAAGAGGCGAUGGUUCCUGGUAUCAUUAUCCGACCAUUGAUAAGGCACUUAUUGAUCAUUCUCCGAAAGCAGCUCCUGACAACUAAUCUUUUGCUUCUCUAAAUACAAAGUAUAUUCUCUUUAGGCAAAAAUAAAUUACUAAAUAUAUUCUGUAUUUUUUUCUGUGUGAUGAAGAAAAGAUCCUAUUCAUUGCUCUAUUUCUAAACAUUGGUUCAGAUUAAGACUUUUUUGUGUGUGAUUUCAGGUUUUUUUCCAGCUUUAUUGAGGUGUAAUUCACAAAAUUGUAAGAUAUUUAAAGUGUAUAUCAUGAUGAUUUGAUAAGCUAUACUUCGUGAAAGGCAGAUUAAGGCUUUUGGUUUGGGGCUUUCAGUUUCCUCUUUUAAGAAGGUUGAAAUAUAAUUUUUAAAAAUUCAGAGAAAUAGGAAUUUGUGAACUCCUAAAGGUGUAGCUUUGAAAGAUUAAUGUUUUAUUUGUCUGAUAAAUGGAAGUUAAAGAAGUCUAUGUUAAGUAUCAGGAAAUAUGUAGUUUAUAUACAUGUGAGUAUUGUAGAUACCUGGAUUAUUCAAGGGCAACUCAGAAUUUUAAAUUAUACAAAUAUUGAACCAAUUAUAUAAAACAUUAACACCUUAAUAAACAAUUUUUCAGUGAACA